GUUAAGAGUCUACUAGGGCUUCCAUUAUAAACCCUAAUUUUCUGAGUUUGUGAAUAAUUCAGUUGUAGGCAUUUACUCCAGAAUAAAGCCUGGCAAUGAAGCCUGAAGUUAGAUCUGUCAGCACAGAAGUAUGAUUCCAGUAAACCUCUGUUACACAUUGGAACUUAUGUGACCUGGAGAAUGUUAACAUUCCAUGCUCAUAAAUAUGAUGGGAAUCAGAACAGGUGCAAACAGAGGGGUCUUCUGGCCCAGUGGAGAUAGUCUGGAUUCAUGUGAAAGCUGUAUAUCAGCAGAAGUUGUUGCUGCUGUUGAUGUGAACACUGUUGCUAAUGAAGUGUACAAACACAACUUUCCCAGCACACCAUUGUGGGCAAAGACAAUUGAGGGCAUAACACUGGCGGAGUUAAAUAGAUUAUCUUUUGAUAUGAUUUUGAUGAGUCCUCCAUGUCAGCCAUUUACAAGAAUUGGCCUGCAAGGUGAUGUAUCUGAUCCAAGGACAAACAGUUUUCUUUACAUCCUUGAUAUUCUCCCAAGGCUCCAGAGGCUACCAAAAUAUAUACUUUUAGAAAAUGUGAAAGGAUUUGAAACGUCUUCUGCCAGAGACAAACUUGUAGAAACACUAAAGAAGUGUGGAUUUAAAUACCAAGAAUUUCUCUUGUCUCCAACAUGUCUUGGCAUUCCCAAUUCCAGGCUGCGAUAUUUUCUGAUCGCAAAGCUUCAGUCAGAGUUAUUUUCCUUUCAAGCUCUUGGUCAGAUAUUGGAAAAUUUCCCAGACCAGGAGCCAAAAGCUUCAGUGAAGCACAGAGUCGCUGCAGGCUUGGAAAAAGAGAGCUGCUUCAUGCCACCCAAAGAGGAGUACAUUGAUCCAAACUCUGGUUCUGAUGGUGGCAGUGGACAGUGUUCGCAGAAGGAAGCGUUUGUUUUUAAACUUGAAACAGCGAAAGAAAUGGAAAAAAAGCAGAACCAGGACAGUGAUCUCUCUAUUCAAAUGCUAAAAGACUUCCUUGAAGAGGAUGGAGAAGAAAUGAGUCAGUACUUCUUGCCGCCAAAGGCCUUACUGCGCUAUGCUUUUCUGUUAGACAUCGUGACACCCAGCUGCAGGAGAUCCACAUGCUUCACAAAAGGGUAUGGUCACUAUGUAGAAGGAACAGGCUCAGUGCUGCAGACUGCAGAGGAUGUGCAGCUACAAUCAGUGUUUAAAUCCAUUGAGAUGCUAUCAGAAGAAGAGAAGCUUAUGAAAUUGUCAACACUAAAACUGCGAUAUUUUACUCCUAGAGAAAUAGCAAAUCUCCAUGGAUUCCCUCCAGAAUUUGGCUUUCCUGACAAGAUAACAAUGAAGCAACGCUACCGCCUCCUGGGAAACAGUCUCAAUGUACAUGUAGUGGCUAAACUGAUCUCACUUCUGACUGGAUGAUUUUGAACCCAAACUUGAUGAGUACUGUCUGACAUAGAUCCUGCUAACUCAGAAUAUACUUUCCUUCUUUGAGAGACUUAGUAAAAGUUGUAGCAGCUUUACAAAAAUCAUCACUAACAUUUUAAAUGUCCAUGCAAAGUAUCUAUCAGGUAUAGAUUUAUUCUGCUGAACAACUGGUAUAUCUUGAGUACCUUUGUUUAUGGAGGAUCUGAACUGUUGUAGCAGUUACACUAUUAAAAUGGAAGUUGCCAAUA